UCGAGCUAACCAGCUAUGCCUACAAGGAAAAGCAGCAACACUUAGUACUUUUCUUUUUUUUCAGCGGAAAAAUGGUGAAACAGACGAUACAUAUAUUUGGUCGCAUUAAACCCACUAAGAAAACUACGUCGGUGUACUCUGUGGACAAUGAAGAUCAGACAGGUGCUUCAUUGGAGUUUGUGGUGCCCAGGGAUUUGGCUGAUGGUUUUGUUAACAACAAGAGGGAGUGCUACAAGUUCAGGUUCCUAAAGGUGUUUGAUCAAUCUGCCAGACAAGAAGAGAUAUUUGAAAACAUAGCCAAACCAGUUGCAGACAGUGUGUUGGCUGGCUAUAAUGGCACCAUAUUUGCCUAUGGCCAGACAGGCAGCGGAAAGACCUUCACCAUCACAGGAGGGGCAGAGCGCUACAGUGAUCGUGGCAUCAUUCCCCGCACGCUUUCCUACCUGUACGAACGCUUCUCCCAGGACAGCAGUAUGGUUUACACCACACACAUCUCCUACUUGGAGAUAUACAACGAGAUGGGAUACGACCUUCUGGACUCCCGCCAUGAAGCAUCUCGACUGGAGGAUCUACCAAAAGUAAUGAUCAUGGAAGAUCCAGACCAGAACAUCCAUCUCAGGAACCUGUCCAUGCAACAAUCAGCAAAUGAGGAGGAGGCUCUGAAUCUGCUCUUCCUGGGUGACACCAAUCGUAUGAUUGCAGAGACGCCGAUGAACCAGGCAUCCACACGUUCCCACUGCAUUUUCACUGUGUACUUGUGCAGGCGUGAGCCGGGCUCAGCCACUGUGCGGCGCUCCAAGCUCCACCUGGUGGACUUGGCCGGAUCGGAUCGAGUUAGCAAGACUGGCCUGAAUGGGCAGCUGCUUACUGAGGCCAAGUACAUCAACCUCUCCCUCCACUACUUGGAGCAGGUGAUCAUAGCUUUGUCAGAGAAGAACCGCUCCCAUAUUCCCUACAGGAACUCCAUGUUGACGUCUGUGCUGAGGGACAGCCUUGGGGGCAACUGCAUGACGACCAUGAUUGCCACUAUGGCAGUGGACAAGAGGAACCUUGAUGAGUCCAUCUCUACAUGUCGCUUCGCUCAGCGCGUGGCUCUCAUCAAGAACGAGGCGAUAUUGAAUGAAGAACUGGAUCCUGCCCUGCUAAUUACCCGUUUGAAGAGAGAGAUCCAGUCUCUGAAGGAAGAGCUGGCCAUGGUGACAGGAGAACAGAGAGAUGACCAGCUUACUGCCGAGGAGAUCCAGAAAUUGGAAGAGUUAGUUAAGGCCUUUCUGGGCGACCCUGAUCCAGAUGUGACACUGUCAUUGGGACCAGACAUGAGAAAAAUCCAGUACUGUUUCUUUCUGCUGAAGAUAAUGAUCAUGGACAAGCAAGGUGGAGAAAAUAGGCAGAGUGAUGGGCGGGCGUCACCAGCAGCAACAGUGAGGGAAGCUGUAAUUCAAGACUGCCACCACUGUGCAGCAGAAGUGACCAGAUUAAAGGAGAUGAUGACGCAACGUGAUAACGAGAUCAGUGUCCUUGUUAGGAUGUUGAAGAAGGAGAAGAAAAGGGCCCAGGAUGCUGCUGCUCAGCUGGCUGACAUCACCAACGGACAUAGCCUGGCCUCCCGGAGUGCCUCGAGGUUGUCAACAACGCCAUCACUAAGGGAAGGAAACACAGACACCAUCUCAGCUGAUCAUGAGGGACGAGCUAUACAGUACAUGAAAAGAGGUCCACAGCUGUCUAUGGGAAAGCAAGAGGCCUUUGAGAUCUUCAUAAGGGACCAUGAGGAUCAUGUGACCAUUAAAGACAACAAGGAGCUACUCAAACAGAGGUCAGCUGAGGCCAAAGGAAUUGGAAAGAAACUCAGUGAGGCUAGAAGCAGAAUAAAUGAGUUGAAGAAGCAGUUGGAGGUGCAGAGGAGGCAGAGAGCAGCUCAUGGUGUAAUGGGGAAUCACCCAGGAGUUGAGGAGGAGGUCGACCCAGUGGAAAAAAACCUGUGCAAACAUAUUAAGCAAGAAAAACAGGCGUACAACAGCGCCAUUGGCCGUCUAAAAGAGCUGAGGACAGAGAUUGAGCACCUGCAGCUGUUGUUGGAGAGGGCAAAGGUCAAGCUCCAGAGGGAUUUCCAGAAGUGGUGGAGCCAGGAGGCUUCCAGCGUGCAGGAGUCAGAGGCCACAGGCAGAUGUCACACACGGUCGCCAAAUGAAACCUUGCAGCCGUCUUCACCCAGCACUCCAGGAUUUUGCGCACCAGGUCUGAGCAGCACUGUGAGAGACUCCCCAGCAGACCCAGACCCAAAUCCAGACUGUUCCACUGCUCCUGUUCAAGAGCUCAGGAGCUUCAUCCCCAAAAGCGUACCUCCCGUGACAGCUGUCCCAGCACGCCAUGAUAAGCCCCUGGAUGGGAGGGUGACUGACUUCACUCCUUCAUCUGAGUGGAGGUACAUGGAGGGCUUGGCAUGUUGGAAAUGAAUGGAUGGCUUGGAAAACAACAGAUAUG